AAAAAAAAACUAACAGAUGCAAGCAACAGUGAGAGAAAAAUAAGGGGAGACAGAGCUCCGCCUCCGUGGCUUGCAGUGGACAGUAGAUUCUUAUAUCUCUAAACCCUAGCGGGGGUUUUUUUGCAUUUAAAGAUUCUCUAGAAUGUUUUUCUCUCCAGAUUCUUAUUUGCUUUUUGAAGAAUCUCAGGUUUGAAAUUGUGGAAAAGCCGAGUUGUCUGUUAGGGUUCACAGGAAGAAAGAUAGGAAGAUAGGAGAGACGAGGUGUGGCCAAAUGGACGAUAGAGCGGGUUCAUUUGUCGCUGUGAGGAGGAUUUCUCAUGGUCUCGAGCGAGGCAAUACCUGCCAUUCUACUUCUGCUGAGGUUGUGGCAGGAUCAACAGCAUGGUUGGGUCGAGGUCUUUCUUGUGUAUGUGCACAGAGCAGAGAGAGUGAUGCUCGCCCAUCAUUUCAUUUAACUCCUUCCCAGGAAGAAUGCUUGCAGAGGCUGCAGAACCGUAUUGAGAUUGCUUAUGAUAGUUCAAUUCCUGAGCAUCAGGAAGCUUUAAGGGCCAUAUGGAAUGCUGCGUUUCCAGAAGAAGAACUACGUGGUUUAAUAUCCGAGCAGUGGAAGGAAAUGGGGUGGCAAGGGAAGGAUCCAUCUACAGAUUUCAGGGGUGGUGGUUUUAUAUCAUUGGAGAACCUGUUAUUCUUUGCUAGGAAUUUUCCGAAAUCCUUCAAGGAUCUUCUUUGGAAGCUGGAAGGUGAUAGGUCUGUGUGGGAAUAUCCAUUUGCUGUUGCUGGUGUGAACAUCACUUUUAUGCUCAUUCAGAUGCUUGAUAUUGAAGCAGUCAAACCAAGGACAAUUGUUGGAGCGGUUUUCUUGAAGUUCCUUUCGGAAAAUGAAUCAGCGUUUGACCUUCUCUAUUGCAUCACAUUCAAGCUAAUGGACCAUCAGUGGCUUGCUAUGCGCGCAUCCUACAUGGACUUCAAUACAGUGAUGAAGGCCACGCGCCGACAACUGGAAAGGGAGCUUCUACUUGAAGAUAUUACACGUCUGGAGGAUCUGCCCUCAUACAGUCUUCUCACACGAUAAUGCAUCCUCUACGGAGUUGGUUGGAUUGACAAACACUCGUGGCCUUCCUUUUACAAAACAUGUCUUUAGCCUGUGACAUGAUAAAAUGUAUAUUU